CUUCCCCCACUACCGGUGCCAGACAGCAUAGCUGUAUCGCGUGUGAAGCACCCGCAGCCAGCGUCAGCCGAGCCAAAAUCCUCAACAGGUUAUGAGCCCCGCGCCGCGAUAACCCGCGCGCGGUCGGCCGCUUAGCUAGCUAGGUAGUAUGGGGGACUAUAGUGAAGUAAUGUUGUUAGAGGACGCGUCAAACUACUUUGCGUGGCGUCGCAGCCUGUUGGACCACCUGAACUCCCGGCGUGUGCCUCUCGGAGAAUAUCUCUUCGCCUACGCUCCGACGACGCCUCGCACGGCGCGCGAGCUGGCUGAUGAGAGUGCUGCAGCCGCCAGUUUGCUGCGCAUGUCCUGCAGUGAGGGCGUUGCGCAGCAACUCGCACUCGCUCAGCACGCCUACGAGGCGCACGCCUACGUCAUCCAGCUGUUCCGCCAGUCAGCGCCGCUGAAACUGGCGCAGUUCGAGUCAGAGCGCGAUGAGUUCUGCCUGCGAGAGGGCGAGACCAUUGCCUCUUACUUCCUGCGCGCCAGUGACCUGCGGGACCGCAUCGGCGCGGUCGGCGGCUCGUGGACCGACCAGCAGGUGCGGCUCAAGCUGCUGGCCGGUCUGCCCAAGCCGCGCUGGGAGAACAUCUGCGACAUCUGCUACGCCUCUCCAGGCCAGACCCUGCAGCAGCUUUGCGGUUAUUUAAUGCAGCAGGAGUUCAUUAAGAACCAGGAGCAGGCGCGCAGCGGGCACGUCGGCGCCGUCAACCGCAGCGGCGGCCGCGCCGCUGCCGCCGGCAGUGCCGGCGGCGGCCAAGGCGGCGGCGCCGCCAGCAGCAGCGCCAUUAUCUGCCACUACUGCGAGCAGCCUGGCCACAUUCGGUCCCACUGCCGCGUGCGCCUGGCCGAUAUUGCGGCCGGCAUCUUCCGCGCUGACAUCCGCUCGCCGCCCCAGCUGAAGCAGUCCGGCGGCGGCGGUGGUGGCGGCGGUGGAGGCGGCAGUGGUGGCGGCGGUGCCGGCGGCCCCAAAGGUGGCGACAGCGGAGGAGGUAAGAAGCGCGGUGGGCGGAGCGGCGGGAGCAGGGGUGCCUCGGGUGGCGCCGGCACUGCCGUCUCCAAGACUGCGCACGUGCUGGUUGUGCGGGGUGUUGAGGACUGGGCCGUGCCUGACGCCGGCAGCAGUCUAAUCGUCCGCACCUAUGGCGCCGAGUCGGCUGGCUCGGGCGUCAGCAGUGGCUACGGCACGGCCGACGGCGGCAUGCCCAGCUCCGGCGUGGUGGAGGGCCACGCCGGUGGCAGUAGCACCAGCACUUACUGCUACAGCGCGGCCGUCAGCGGCUCUCGCAGCAGUAGCACCAUCGGCAGCGCCCCGCCUCCCCUGGGCGGUGGCUGCAGCCUGAUCAACAUGGUCCGCGCGGCGUUCCGGCGCCUUCGCAGCGGACCCAACAGCAGCAGCGCAGGAGCAGGAGUCUCCAGCAGCAGCAGCGGCAGUGCCGGGCUUGCGAGUUCCGGCGGCCGCUCGAGUGUCGUCUGCAAUAGCGGAGACACCGUGCUGUAUCCCUCCAGCAGCAGCAGCGUCGGGGUGGUGGCGAACGGCAGCGUCAGCGGCAGCCCCAGUAGCGCCGUCGCCGCCAGUGGUGUGCCGGUGGUGGAUUCCGGCACCUUUGCCCAUAUCACGCCGCUGCGUCAGCUGCUUCACAACUUCACGCCCCGCUCGAGGGUGAGGCAAGUGCUGUGGGGGGAUGGCCACAGCAGCCCGGUCGGGGGAUCGGGCACUCUCCGGAUGCUCUCCGGGCGGCAGCGUGUUGAUGUGACGGGUGUGCUGUAUGUGCCAGCCGCCCAGCUCUCCCUGCUAUCUGUGCGCCGGCUGAUGGCCAGCGGCGUAAAGGUAGUGUUCGAGGGGGAGACAGUGACCUUAGCGCAGGGUGGCCGCAACCUCCUCAGCGGCCGCCUGCGCGAUGGUCUGUUCCCGCUGUCUGUUACCAUGCUGCCCGUCGCGCUGGCGGCGCCCGCCGUGGCGCCGCCGGCUGCCGGCGGCGGCCCCGCCGCGCCUCCGGGCGGCGGCGGUGGUGCCGCCGCCAACGGCAGUAACAUCGGUGUACACCCCAAUCCCGCCGCCGCGCUUUCGGGCCGCGGCGGCACCACCAGCAGCAGCAGCCUCAGCGGCUCCGGCACUAUGAGCAGUAGCAGCAGCAUUGGUGCGGCCGCGCCUUCGGGCGGCGGCGGCGCCAGCAGCAGCACCAGCUCGCCGGCGGCUUCUCUGGGCGCUGCGCUCCGUCUGCACCGCCGGUUCGGCCAUCUCGGCUGGACUGCGCUGAUGCAGAUGGUGGGUGGGUCCCUUGUCACCGGCCUGGAUGUUGACCUGUGCGCACUUAGCCAGGCAGCCGGGUCGGUGUGCAGCACCUGCAUUGAGGCCAAGGCGGCCUCUCUGCCCUUCCCGAACAGCAGCAGCGAGACGCCACAGCCUCUGGCUCUGGCGCACUCUGACGUGUGCGGCCCCAUGCCCACCGUGGGCCGUGGUGGCGCACGCUACUUCAUCACACUGCUUGACGCCGCCACCGGCCUAUCAGCUGUUCGGUUGCUGCCCACCAGGGACCACGCUGGUGUAGCGCUGCAGGAGAUGAUUGCGCAGUUCGAGAGUCACUGCCGCGAUGGCGGCAAGCUGCGCAUCCUCCGCAGCGACAACGGCGGCGAGUACCACGCUGAGCAGCUGGAGCAGUGGCUGCGUGAGCGCAGCACCGCGCACCAGUUCAGCGCGCCGUACACGCCGCAGCAGAACGGUGCGGCCGAGCGGCUCAACCGCACCCUGAUGGAGCGCACCCGCGCCCUGCUGUUUGAGGCUGUGCUCCCCCCCAGCUUCUGGCCUGAAGCUGUGGUGCACGCCUGCCAUGUGCGCAACUUAAGUCCUUCCACCAGCUGCAGCAGCACGCCGUGGGAGGCCUUCACCGGCAACAAGCCUAACGUUGCCGACCUGCGCAUCUUCGGCUGCCGCGUCUAUGUCACCAAACCCGCCGACAGCCGCUCCAAGCUCAGCCCGCAUGCCGACAUCGGCACGUACCUGGGCCUGCAGCGCAGCUCCGCCGCAUCUCGCGUGCUGGUCGGCGGCAAAGUGGUGGUGAGCCGGGACAUAGAGUUCGAUGAGGAUGUACGGGGUCCGGCGUCGCGGCUGGCGGGCACACCGUUCGGGGUAACGGCGGAUGCGAGUGGUGGUGGUGGUGGCAGUAGCAGUGCUGCAACGCCCUCGGCCGGCGCUGGCACGGCGCCUCCCCAGGCGCCGGCGGCGCCGGCCAACGGCACACCUCCCCCCACUACGCUGCCGGCGCCUCCCCAGGCGCCGGCAGCCGGGCCCUCACGGCCCGCCACCCGCAGUCAACGCCCCUCACUAACGCCGGCCCUCGGCGCCGUCAGUGAGCCUCCGCUGUCGGCUGCCGCAUCCGCGGCGGCGGGCGGCGGGGGUGGCAGCAGUAGCAGCGCCGCCUCGGCUGCAGCAGCGGCUGCUCAGCUGUUUGAUAGCGACAGCGACGACGAGACGCCGGCGCUGGCGCCAGCCUCAGAUGAUGAGGACAGCUACAGCAGCAGCGCUGCGAUGACUGCGGCUGCGGACACCGGCGACCCCCGCAGCUAUUCGGAGGCCAUUAACGGACCACAAGCUGCGGAGUGGCGCGCCGCUAUGGAGGAGGAGAUGAAGGCUCAACGCGCACACGGCACCUGGCAGCUAGCGGAGCCGCCCCCAGGCGCGCGUCUGCUGGCCAAUCGCUGGGUCUUCAAGACCAAGACGCAGCCUGAUGGCACCCGGCGCUUCAAGGCGCGCCUGGUGGUCAAGGGCUUUGCGCAGCGGAAGGGCCUUGACUUUGAUGAGGUGUUCGCCCCCACCAGCCGCUACGCCACGCUGCGGGCCCUUCUCGCCAUAGCUGUCCGGCGUCACCUGCUGCUGCACCAGAUGGACUUCAAAACAGCCUUCCUCAACGGCGACCUCGAUGAGGUUCUGUGGAUGCAGCAGCCGCAGGGGUUUGAGACCAGUGACAGCGGCAGCGACGGCAGCGGCGGCGGCGGUGAAGGUGCCAGCGGCGGCAGCGGCGCAGACAGCGGCGGCGCAGGCCGCCUCAGUCAGCGGCCGCUGGCGUGCCGCCUGCUGAAGUCCGUGUACGGGCUGAAGCAGGCGCCGCGCUGCUGGUACCGCAAGCUCAGCGAGAAGCUGGGUGAGCUGGGCUUUACGCCGGCCACGGCGGACCCGGCGCUCUUCGUGCGGCAGGACGAGGCGGGUCUGGUCUACGUGCUGGUGCACGUGGACGACCUGUUAGUUGCUGCCGGCUGCCCCGUGCAGCUGGCGGCCGUCAAGUCCGCCAUCGGCGCCUGCUUCGAGGUGCGGGACCUGGGAGAGGCCAGCACCUAUCUGGGGAUGCAGAUCAACCGGGAACCCAGCACUGGUGAGAUUCUGCUGUUGCAGCGCCGGUAUAUCGAGGAGCUGCUGCAGCGGCAUCACAUGAUGGACGCCAAGCCGCGCAGCCUGCCCCUGCCGCCCGGCACGCGAGUGCUGGCGGCCAGCGAGCAGCAGCCAACGCUGACUGACGGCAGCGAGUACCGCUCGCUGGUAGGCGCCCUCAACUAUCUCGCCACCUGCACCCGGCCUGACAUUGCCUACGCGCUGAGCCUACUCGCACGGCAUAUGGCAGCGCCGACCAAGGUGCACUUCACGCUGGCGGUAGGCGUGCUGCGCUACCUGAAACACACCGCCGCCAUGGGCCUGCGCUUUCGGGCAGCGGCCGGCGGCGGCGGUGGCGGACAUGGUGGUGGCGGAGGCGGUGGCGGCGGUGCUGGCGGCGGCGGCGGUGACGGCUCCUUUCUCGGCUACUGCGAUGCCGACUGGGCCGGAGAUCCGCUGACUCGCCGCUCGCAGACCGCCCUUCUCUUCAGCCUGUACGGGACGGCGGUGACCUGGUGCAGCCAGCGGCAGCACACCGUCGCCGCCUCCUCCGUGGAGGCUGAGUACCAGGCUGCGGCCGCAGCGACCAAAGAGGCGCUGUGGCUGCGCAAGUUGGCGGCUGACCUGGGCCUGAACGGCGGCGCCGUCACCAUCCGCUCCGACAGCCAGGGCGCUAUCAGCCUGGCGCGCAACCCCAUCUCCUCGUCGCCGCUGUCGAAGCAUAUCGACGUUCAGCACCAUCUGGUGCGCAAGCGCGUGGCGCGCGGCGAGGGGGCGGUGGAGUACUGCCCAACUGAGGAGAUGGUGGCGGACGCGCUGACGAAGGCCCUGCCGGAGGCCAAGUUCGCUUUCUGCCGCGCGGCGAAGGGCGUCAGCACCUAAUUAAAGGGUUCUGUCGAGGACAGAAGUUGCUGAGGCAACUUGUUAGCGAAGGGUACUGCAUUCUAGGCCCGGGACCUUAUUGGGUUCUGCCAGUGAGCAGCUAGAGACGUGCCGAGUGCAGACCUGAGAGAGAGACACCAACACGGUGCUCUGUUUGAGGGGGAGCAAACUGCUCCCGUACCCUGACUUGCCUGCUCCUGUCCUGAGUUAUCAGUUGGCUGCCAGACGGCGGUUUGCUGCAAGACCUGGUUUGGUCUGAGGGGGAGUGUUGGUGAGUUGGGGGCUCGCGGUGCUAGUGGCCCGCGAGGGGAGGCAGCCCAACCCUAGGGUGCAGCCGUGUGGCGGUUUGCCGGAUGAGUCAGACUGCCAGGGCGAGGCCGACCUGAACGUGACCCCCGCCAUGGCUCGGCACCUGGCGGCCGCCAUACCGGGGGCGGCGGCGCCGGGGCGGCUGCGGCUGGUGCCGGGGGCGGGCCACAUCAGCCUGGGGCUGGACCACGGGUCGGAGCUGGUGGCGGCGCUGGCGGCGGAGCUGCGCGAGCAGGAGCGGCAGGGGGAGGGGAGGCAGGGGGAGGGGAGGGAGGGGGAGGGAAGGCAGGGGGAGGGGAGGCAGGGGGAGGGGGAGGGGAGGCAGGGGGAGGGGAGGGAGGGGGAGGGAAGGCAGGGGGAGGGAAAGCAGGAGCGGUAGAGGGGAGAGGGAGCAGGGCUGACAGGCUUAUGCAUGUCAGCAUGUGGUGAUGUGCUGCAGGAGGCAGGGGUAGUGCCGAGUAGUGAGGGACGGAGCAGGCGGUUUAGCGGAGGGAGCUGGGUGUACGUAAAAGGAUUGGGCAACUCUGCGGUUACGUGAGAGCGAGGCAUGCAACAUGCACUGUUGAGUAUGGGUUGCGCAAUCAUGAGUGGGCACUGUUAAGCUAGGUGGGUCACUUAGUCCGUUAGUCUGUCGGGCGGGCGGCCCGUCGCCCACUCUGGACUACUGCAAAGGCGAGAGCCGUUGCUCCGCAGGCGGGAUGCGGGGCCAGGCGGGGCUUUCUUAAGCCCGUCAACAGUAGCACGCAGUGUUGGUAGCACGCACGAUUAUUGUUGCUGACAAGGCGCAGGUGGUAUGGUCCUGCUGCGGCUCGCUUUGCAAGAUGACAGCCUGGUUAUGCGCAUUGAACCCAUGCUGGGGCGAAGCGGCAUGGACAUGAGGGCAGUACACGCGAGCACAGGCAGCAUAGAUUUCAGCCCCAGCGGUGUUUACCGCGGUUUCCGCCUGCCCCCACGCAUGGCGAACGCUCCUAGACUAGCUUUCCA